CAUUCCUGAGGUCGGAUUUCCUUUGCAGACAGAUUCCCAGAGAGAGAAACCAGAGCAGAUCAACUUUAGACAACAGUUUGACUGGUUUGCAGAUUUUAAAGAUUUUCUCUUUACACAGAAAGAGGUGCAGCUCCUGCAGAUCCUUUUUUUGUUAGUUUUUUUCCUCCCUUUUUUUGCACAUUUUAGAAUAUGUUCAAUAGCUUGUGCUCUGAAUACAAUAGAACUACAAUCAGUUUUGAGUUGGGUCAGGAAAAGCUUAGGCGCUUCAGAUUCCAUCGGCCAAAAACACACUUAACAAUCAGUCGAGCGAGAGAAAGGAAACAUGCUACUUAAAAAGAAUAGACCUACAAUCGUCAUGGACGAAGAAAAGUGCCAAUCCAUCUUCUCAGCGGUGGCCUACUACAUGAAACACCUCGGGGUGAAAACCAGAGCAGUGGACAGUAAGAAGUCCAGAGGAGGUUUCUUCAGGAGUAAACUGGUAAAGAACAAGAGGGAUGAAUCCUCAAAGGCUAAACCCAGAGGAGUGUUUCCGGGCAUCCCCAGCUGGAUCGCAGGCAACACUGAAGUCAAACCUAAAACGGAGGCUGAAGCGGAAAAGGAGAAGGUGAAUCCGGAGCGUAAGGGUCUGGGUCCCGGCAGAGGGUCCGUGACUGACUCUGCAAUGCCUUCAGCCCCCAGCAGGAAGUCUGUUUCCACUGGAAGCCCCUCCUCCCUGCCUGGGCUGGAGGUCAAUGACGGGUCAGGCAACAACGUCAGCAUCAUCAACAACCCUGAGUCUUCUCAUGGGGACGGUCUCUCAAGCAAUCGCUUAGAGCCUCCAUGCCAGUCGGAAGGGGGGGACGUGUCCCCUGUCGGGCUCGGGGGAGGGCUGAUAGUCGGGGAGCCCCUCUCCCCCAUGGACACUUCCACAGAGGAUAAUGUGGAGAAAGAAAGGUGAGGAGGGUGGAGAUAGCAUCCAGGGAGGGGG